AAGCGGAAGUAGCAAAAAAAAAGCGGCGACGAACGGCUCAGGCUGGUGUAGUUCGUCUUCUCACGCUUUUAAAGUUAUUUUUUCCCCCCGACAUGGAUGCUAAUGUACUUUUUGCUGUCACUCUCAGUCUGAUGGUGGCUUUUGUUUUCAAUCCAGCCACCGGAAGUCAGCUGAUCUGGAGGAGAAUCAACAAAGUAAAGUUGGGCUUCGACUGGAAGAACUGCGGGAAGCCGGAUGCCGCCGCCGUGAUGAAGACCCUCAACUUGUCACCUGAUCCCAUCAACAUCCCCGGCUCGCUGACGGCGUCCGCCUCGGGGUCGACGUCCGUGGAGCUCGGCGCUCCUCUCAGCGUCAACGUGACAUUAGAGAAGGAGGUCGGAGGAUUUUGGGUAAAAGUUCCGUGUUUGGAGGAGGUGGGAAGCUGCCAUUAUCGGGACGUGUGUGACGUUUUGAACCAACUGAUCCCCCCCGGACAUGACUGUCCGGAACCUCUGCACACGUACGGGCUGCCCUGCCGAUGCCCCUUCCACGCUGGUUCGUACUCGCUGCCCGAGUCGGAUUUCUUCCUGCCCUACAUGGACCUUCCUUCCUGGCUCACUAAUGGAAACUAUCGUCUUCAGGGGGUUCUGGGCGGAGGCGGUAAUGAGCUGGGUUGCCUCAAGGUGGCGCUGUCAAUCAGCUCGGACUAAAGCGGGGUCAUUACUGCCACAGCACCUCGUGUUUUACAGAUAAUAACUUUGAUUUAUUGUCAUUAUUAUUAUUAUUUGUACAACAAUGAUAUUGGUUUAUUCAUUUUGGAUCAACUUUAUUUAGUUGAACAUUUUAUAGUGUUGGUUAUUGCUGCACUUUGUACAAUUUCUAACACACGUCAUUGCCAGAAUGUUGAUUUUAUGUGUGAUGAAAUAUUGAAUCAGGAUGUUUUUUUUUUAUUUAAAUACGUUUUUUUUACAUUAAUAAAAGUUAUCUACACUA